AGUCAUAAUGAGGAAGUAACACACAACUAUCUACAGGAAGGAACUUUUUAAAUAUAUGCACCAGGAAGACAGAAACAAGAGAGGGACAGACACAAUAGUUGACUUCAGACAGAACAAGAUGACUUUCUCUCUGAUACUGCUGCUUCAGUUAACAGCAGUGACUGGACAGUUUCAGUCCCUCAUCAUCAGAGAUGGGGAUGACGUCAUGUUGCCUUCAGGACAUGUGAUGGAUGAGGAGAACAAAUGUGAUGGUAUUAGCUGGAUCCUUGGUGGAGGAAACCCAGUAGAUCUGGUCACUGAGGGGAAGAUGGUCCCUAACUCUCAAAUUGACCCAGAGAGGCUGAAUCUAACAGCCAAUUGUUCUCUGGUUAUACGGAGAGUCACAGCUAAGGAUGUUGGUAUUUACCACAAACUGAUCGGUUCACAAGAAACUCAGGUGUAUCUGUCUAUUAUUCAAAUUACCGAACAUGAAGAAAAUGAUCGGGUGACACUGACCUGCUCUGUGUCAGAUCAUCAAUGGUGUAGACACAAAGUGAGGUGGCUGUAUGGUGGAGAUGAAACAGAUAAAGAGACAGCACAGAUUGAAACAUGUGAGAAUACCGUGACGAUUCCUUCUCAAUCCAAACACAAUUCAAAGUGCGAAGUGAUGGAUGGUUACAUGAAUAAAAAACUUCUGUUUGGAUUCAGGCCUCGUUCCUCAGAUGGAAAACCAGAUGAGGAUACAAAAAGAGCAUCAACAACAACAACAACAACAACAACAACAACAACAACAACAACAACAACAGAGAAAAACAAAAUAGAAAGCACAAAGUGGCCUUCUAUGAAUGGUUGGUGGUUUUACAUCGUCGCUGCUAUAGGUUCAGUGGCACUUGUGAUAAUAAUCGUCAUGUUCAUCCUGUGGAAGAGGAGUAAAGGCAAGAAAACAAAGAUGGCUGACUACGCUAAGCUGAGCUUAAACCCUGCAGUGAGCCCUCAGUCUGCUCCUGAAAUCAAUCAUGACGAGGAGGAUCCUGAAGAUGGUGUUUCAUACGCUUCUGUGAGCUACACCAAGAGGACAAGCAGUAAAGCUCAGCUGCCGGUUAAAAAUGAUGAAAAAGAAGGUGAUGCAGUGACGUACAGCACUGUGAAAGCUUACUCUUCAUCUGCUGGAGACUCCGCUGAUCAAGCCUCCAUCUAUGCCACUGUCUGCAAACAAAACAAAUAAAAAAUACAUUUUACCUUCGCUGGAUA